CAAGGACUGGCACUACUGCUGCUGCACAACAAAUCCGAAUUAUUUGCUUCUUGUUCAACGACAACAACGGCGACGAACACGUCUAAUUUACUCAGAGCGCAGUGGCUGCUCGUCGCCACGCGACAAAUUCUGUAUGAACACGAGAAAUCAGAACCAGAUCAUAGAGUCCUCAGAGAACUGGGAUGACGAUUACGAAUUCCAGCCGAGUAACGAACCGAAUAUCUUCGGCAAACAUCAGGUGGCUCCAGAGCCUAGAUUGUCUGUCGCGAGUUCUGCUUUUGCUGAAGAUUGGGAUGCCGAAGCAACCCAGCAGAAUAUUAAAUAUUCAUCAUCCUCGGUACUAGGAGAUAGAAAGAACUACCCUGGGACUACAGUCUGCCACCAGCUCCAAGAAUGGGCGGAGCCAGGGCCCUCAACCCCCACCAAGCGCUCUACCACCCAAGCAGAGAACUGGGAUGACGACUUCGAGGACAGGACUGAAUUCCUUCCAAGGCGACACCCCCACUCCUACUCCUUAAAAACACGUCAUUCAUAUCACACUCCUCCUCGCCUCAAACCCCUGCAUGACCCCGAGAUUUGGGAUGACGAUUUUGAAACAGACAAGACCGAUACAACCCCAAUGACAAAACGGACGCGUCAGGAGGCGUAUGUAGACUCCUCGGACGAUGAUGCUGAGCUCGGUUUCACGGAUAAGGAGGAAGACAGGACUGUGACAGCUCGCAGUCGACCGCAGCUCAUGCUUAGGCAGUCUCCCCCGCCUCCUGUGCCUGCACUACCCCAGUCACUCCUCACACCUAUAGAACCAUUUCCACGCUCUCCGACCGUGUCUGUGUUCUCAAUACCGACUACGAGCGGACGUAACUCAGUAGGAUAUACGUCCACUUCACAUCUGGCACUCAGGCCAAGCGUCUCUGGUGGCUCUCUUGCCAUGCUACCACCAAGUCCCCCAAUUCACCGCGAACGACGUAGACUACGUAAAAAGUCGCGCCCUCCACACAUAGAUAACAAUGUGUUUGAGUUGAUUGAAGAGCAGCGCGACUCACCUCCCCCACUUCCACCAUCGACUCCCGAGCGACCAUCUACUUCACCCCUUCCUCAAUCAGACACGGGUUCAACCGGACCACAGAAGACACCUCUCCUUUCGCGAAUCGGUUCAGUCAAGAAGUGGGGUACGCGCAAGAAGCGAGCUAGCACGGGGCCAGCAGAGGUGAUGAUGCAUGAGCUCGGGCAUGAUGACCACGAGCGCACUCCUCGCCCGACCAGCUCUCUCGCCUCUAUCCCUAGCUCUAGCACGCGACCGAGUUGGUUUUUUCGCUCUGGCGGAGGCCCUGGGUCUGGGUCCCCACCGCCACCGCCCGCCGCUGAACUUAAACACGAGAAGAGCAUGAGCAGCGUGCACUCGCCCGUGCUGUCAACGCCCAGCAAGCUCUCGAAGCGCAAGCCGAGCAAGAUGUUUGAUCCAAGCAGUAGUAGUGAGGUCGUGGAGACGCCCGGGAAGCCGUCGCUUCUCUCCGCGGCCAGGAGACCCACGUCGAUGCAAGUCCCGCAGGGGAAGGUCAUAUUGACAUCUACAGGGACACGGCACACUUCAUAUGGUUCAUCAGUGGGUCGUGCGUCAUCGAAGACGUUUAGCCAUCCCAGUGAGAGCGUGGAAGAUUUACCUCGGGAGGGUAGUCGGGGUUUCAUGGGCGGCAUGCGGAAAAUUAGCCUCGUCAGCGGCAAGAAGCACAAACGGAAGAAGAGUACUGCCGAGAUCACGCCCCUUCCUCCAGUCCCUAUGAGCCCACCACCUCCACUACCUGACGAGCCCGAGCAUCCAGAUCAUUUACUUCCUCCGAUAGAGCUACAGCCACCAUCGCCGCCCAGGACGCUCAACGGGGUGUCCGCGUCGCACUCUGCGCCGAUUAAUAUCAGCCAGGGUGUGGAGUCGUUAUUUGUGCCCUCGAGCAGCGCUCCUGCAUCAUUAUCUCCCAAGGCCAGCCCCGUAUCUGCAAGCCGUACCUCUCCUGGAAAAGCAUCAUCUCCUCAGUCCGCAUCACUAGGACGGACUACGCAAGUUCCUCCCCCAUUAUCAUCUAGUGUCUCUGUUCCCCGAAGAAACUCUCUUGGUGACCUCAAGAUCCCAGCAAGAAUUAGUCAAGCUCAGAUUAGCCUGAAACGCGACCUCGGAAUGGUGAGGGAAUUUGCAGCAAGCGUUGAUAAACUUAAAGAGUUGCAGGCGAUUCACCAUCACUUAGUCGCCGAGGUACGCACCGUGCUGGAGAAUUUCCCUCUAUCUCGAGCGGCUUCACCACCUAUGAUCAAUUCUGCUCGCCCCCGUUCUCGACUGCGCUCUUACACCGAGCCGAAGUCUAGCUUUUCAGAGCACAAGCAGUUAGCAACAGCACUGAAUACUAUCACGACCAAGUACAAGAUACCAUGGGAAUGUGCCGAGCUGUUGAUCGAACUCGGAGGAGGAACACCUUCUCCUGCUUCCCCUCCGUCUUCUAGUAUGUCUGCACCACCUGUGCAGACUGAUCUUGACCCCCGGAAGAGCCGGGAGCGAGCAGUGACUCUAUCAGGCGAUGAGUCGAAGCAUCCCCCAGGAUUCGUUGCGUCAGCAGCUGCAGGACAGUCCAAUCUCUCGUGGUCAACAGGGCGUCACGAUCUCAGUCAACGCCAACUCCUUCUCCUGCGCGACAUUCUUAAUAGUACGGAUGGCGCGCUUCCUGAUGAUGCGUUGGUCCAAGAAGAGCCGCUUGUGAAUCGACAAUGGCGGUGGGGAGAUGCGAUGAGCAGCACGGUUACGCUUCCCUCUGAAGAGUCGGUGCAAGCUUCGCAGGAUGGCAAGAAAAGGCGGUAUAGCAGACUGGGCAUGAGUGGACUAAGAGAUAUGCUGCGGUCGCUGAAGCGCAACCAUUCAGGCCAGCCGCCGCCGCCACCACCGCCACCACCACCACCACCACCGCUACCUGCGUCCACCACGUCUCUAAGCACCGAGUCAUCCAUGGGCUCUCAGAGUCAGCAUCACUAUCCACAUGCGCAUCUACCUCAAACACACCACCAACGAAGUUCCAAGAUGAGCACGGGACCAGAGUCAGGGCGUUACACUCGGGAAGUGGCGAACUCGCCGUACAGUGGACAGUCUCUAAAACACAAGGCAUCGCCACGCAGACCAUCGCUCGCGUCUAUCUUCCGCUUGGGGCAGAAGUACAAGAAUGCGUCAUCUGGUGGGGAGUCGAUAGAUAGUGCCCCGCGCAGUGCAAGCCGAGGCAGUGCUACGACAGAGGAGGAAGAUUGGGACCAGAUUGACUCUGUAACAGAUCUUGAUGGAGCGGUGAGGGCAUUUGGGAUCGAUGCGAGUGCUACGAUCAAGGGAUGGAAAGGACGUUCGCCUUAUCUGAACCAUCCUCAUGACAUGCGUCCGAUCACACCCAAGCAGGCUAUGUGUUCCUCUCAGACGUCUUUGAAGUGCGAGCCGUCCCCUCGCUCCAUAAGACCGAUGCGGUCUACCAGACUGUCGAAUGUGGAAGAGGUGGUUGAUGAUCGUCAAACACGUUCGAAAUCAAAAGCUCAGCACCGCGUCUCUCUACCGCGAACGAGCCCUUCGCGACCGCCGUCAAGGAACUAUAAGCUCGGACAAUCAGGGUCUGUGCGCUCCGCGCCUCCACAGCCGCCGGACGGUGACUCUUCGCUGUUUGCUGAUCUGAAAUUGGCGAUGACGCCGGAGAAUAUUAAGCCGCUGCUGGACAACGCGAAGGAGGUGCAUCUGCGUUUGAACGAGUGUAUCAGGGAAGUACGUGCACUGCUGGACGCUUCUACGAACUCGCCGCCGUCGUAGUUCAUUCAGAAUUAUUACACUUACACACUUUGACAUCGACAUCAUCAUCACUAUCAUCAUCAUCAUCGCACCGCAUUGCAUGCAUGGUUAUGUCUGUAGAUAUCUCGUCUGUUGUUGUUUUCUUUUCUUUGGUUUUUUUGUGCUACUUAUAAUUGACAUGACGUUGAUAUUUAUGACACCACGUAUUCGUACCCUCGGCGUUCACGAAUAUACUUACACAAUAGCAUUACGAAACAACUCGACC